UAGCGGCAUUGCUUGCCUAGUUACUCGGAGAGAUUGGAAACCGCGGCGUUUCCUCGUUAGAGCUUGCGGCCAGACCCCGCUGGACUGGCUGGUAUUGGGCUUCCGAGGCGGAGAAAAGCCGAGGAGAUGAGGUGUCUCUGAAGCCGACAGCCUCUGCCAUGAAGAAGAUUUUUAGUAAGAAGGGCGAGUCGCCCUUGGGCUCCUUCACCAGGCUGCGGAGGAGCGGCCCGGGCGUCUCGUGUCAGCAUGGGGACAGCGCCUACUCCCCGCCCGGGUACCACAUCCGAGACAGAGACCUCGGGAAGAUCCACAAAGCUGCCGGCUCGGGUAACGUAGCCAAAGUGCAGCAGAUCCUUUUGCUCCGGAAAAAUGGCUUGAAUGACAAGGACAAGAUGAACAGGACUGCUCUACAUUUGGCCUGUGCUAAUGGCCAUCCAGAAGUGGUCACUCUCCUGGUGGACAGGAAAUGCCAGCUUGAUGUCUGUGACAGUGAAAAUAGGACAGCUCUGAUAAAGGCUGUACAAUGCCAGGAAGAGGAAUGUGCAACUAUUCUGCUAGAACAUGGUGCUGAUCCAAACCUUAUGGAUGUCCAUGGCAACACUGCUCUCCACUAUGCUGUCUAUAAUGAGGAUUUAUCAAUAGCAGCAAAAUUGCUUUCAUACGAUGCUAAUAUUGAAGUGAAAAACAAGGAUGACCUCACACCACUUUUACUUGCUGUAAAUGGAAAAAACCAGCAAAUUGUGGAAUAUUUAAUAAAGAAAAAAGCAAAUAUGAAAGCAGUUGAUAAGUUGGAAAGCAAACGCCAACUGAUUUCUGAAUAUAAAGAAGAGAUGCCUAAAAAUCCUUCUCAAAAUAGUAAUUCAGUGGAUGAAAGUUCUGAAGACUCCUUAAGCAGACUUUCUGGCAAACCUGGAAUUGAUGAUUCAUGGCCUACCUCAGAUGAUGAAGACUUUGAUUUUGAUACUAAGAAUGUCCCCAAACCAAGCUUAACAAAGCUAAUGACUGCUUCUCAGCAAUCCAGGAAAAGUUUAGAAGCAAAAUGUGACAUUGUAAGAACAGAAAAUAGAACCUCGUUUGAGGACAGGAAUUAUGAUAGUGAAAAUGAAGAUGUUGAAAGCCUUUCUACAUCAGUUAAACUCCAGGGCUUUUCUCAUCCUACCUGUCCGUCACCUGACCCUCUUCUGAAACCUUCCCUCAAGUCUUUAGAAAACCCUGUUCUUACAAAGGAGGGAACAACACAGCCAGCAACUGGAAAGAAAGAAAAUGAUAUUGGUGUUACUGAAAGUGGUCCACCAGAACAAACAAAUAAUGACAAUUUGACUUAUGUUGAUGGAGUGCCCAAAAAUAAUAGAGGUGAAAUGAUGUCCGCAUUAGGAUUAGGACAAGAGGAAGAUAUAGAAUCACCUUGGGAUUCUGAGAGUAUCUCUGAGAAUCUUCCACAGAAGUAUGCUGGCCAUUUAUCUGGGGCUACAGAUCAAGAUGAAAAAAACAUAGUAAAUGGACAAGUAGAAGAUGUAUUUUAUAUACCUUCUUUCAUGAGUGGAUCAAGAAAUUUUAAGAUGGCUAGACUAGAGGAUACAAGAAAUGUAGGCAUACCAGUAGUCCACAUGGAGUCUCCUGGGAGAUAUCCUAACAUGAAGCCUCCCAUUGAAAUGAAAGAUUCUGCUCUGAAUAAAGCAAUAGGGAUGAAGGACAAACAAACACCUAGAUCAGCAGGACAUGACUUGGAAGUGACAUCAGAGGAAGAGAAAGACAGACUUGAAGAAAGUGAAAUUAACCAGCCACAGGUUGAAGAAGAAAGGAAGAAGCACAGAAAUAAUGAAACAGAAGUAUCAGAAAACCUGUAUGAUAGGGCAGCUGAUGGUGAUGAUGAUGGACUAAUUCAACAAAGAAAGAGUGGAAGGACUGGUAAUCAGCCAUUUCCUAUGAAGGAGAAUGAAGAGUGUGACAGUGGUUCUGCCUUGCAUAUGAAGGAAGUAAAGAAAAAUGACAACGAAAAAUGGACCUCAAAAGAAUCUAGGAUUACAUCAGUGUUUGAAAAGGCCACUUUACUAACUGGUAGUCUACAAGUGGAUGAUGACAGCAGUUUAAAUGAAAUAGAUGAACCUGAAGGAAGGCCUCCAAAGAAAACAUCUGAUGAAAAUAACGAGGAAAAAAACCAAAAAUAUUCUAUGGAUGACUUUGAUGAUUUAACUCAGUCAUCUGAAACAGCCUCAGAGGAUUGUGAAUUGCCUUCCUCUAAUUAUAAGAAUUUGAUGUUACUCAUUGAACAACUUGGAACGGAGUAUAAAGACUCUGUUAGUCUAUUGAAAAUCCAGGAUGCAGUUCUUUCAUGUGAAAGAUUAAUAGAACUUAAAAAAAAUCACUGUGAACUACUCACAGUAAAACUUAAAAAAAUGGAAAAUAAGGUUAGUGUAUUACAAAAGGAACUAUCUGAAACAAAAGAAAUAAAAUCACAAUUAGAGCACCAAAAAGUUGAAUGGGAACGAGAACACUGCACUUUGAGAUUUGCCUUAAAGCAAGAAGAAGAGAAGAGAAGAAAUGCUGAUAUGUUAUAUGAAAAAAUUAGGGAGCAGUUAAGAAGAAAAGAAGAACAGUUUGGGAAAGAGAUUGAAAUCAAGCAGCAGCUUGAACUGAAUCUCAGAUCACUAGAUAUGGAGUUGAGGACUGUAAGAAGUAAUUUGAAUCAGGUUGUACAAGAGCGAAAUGACACUCAGAGGCAACUUUCUCGAGAACAGAAUGCCAGAAUGUUACAAGAUGGGAUUCUGACCAAUCACCUUUCUAAACAAAAAGAGAUAGAAAUGACUCAAAAAAAAGAGGAUUCUCAUAGUCAUGAGGAAGAUAAAGAUCUGCUGCAAAAAAAUCACAUGUUGCAGGAUGAAAUUGCCAUGCUAAGACUGGAAAUAGACACAAUAAAAUCUCAGAACCAGGAAAAGGAAAAGAAAUAUUUUGAGGACAUUGAAAUUGUCAAAGAAAAGAAUGAUGACCUUCAAAAGACUAUAAAACUGAAUGAGGAAACAGUAACGAAAACAGUAUUCCAGUAUGAUGGACAGCUUAGUGCUCUGACAGCUAAGAAUACAAUGCUCAAUUCUAAACUGGAGAAUGAAAAACAAAACAAGGAGAGACUGGAAGCAGAAAUUGAAUCAUACCGUUCCAGACUGACUGUGGCUAUACAGGAUCGUGAUCAAAGUGAGACAUCAAAAAGAGACCUAGAUCUUGCUUUCCAGAGAGCACGAGAUGAAUGGUUUCGUUUACAGGACAAAAUGAAUUUUGAUUUGUCUAACCUAAAAGAUAACAAUGAAGUACUUUCUCAACAACUUUCUAAAGCUGAAAGUAAAUUCAAUAGCCUAGAAAUUGAGCUCCAUCACACACGAGAUGCUCUCAGAGAAAAGACUUUGGUUUUAGAACGCGUACAAAGAGAUCUUAGCCAAACACAGUGUCAGAUGAAGGAAAUUGAGCAAAAGUAUCAAAAUGAACAGGGUAAAGUGAAUAAAUACAUUGGAAAGCAGGAAUCUGUAGAGGAGAGGUUAUCUCAACUGCAAAGUGAAAAUAUGUUGCUUCGACAGCAAUUGGAUGAUGCGCACAACAAAGCUGAUACUAAAGAAAGGACAGUCACUGAUAUUCAAGACCAGUUUCAUGCUAUUGUACAGAGACUUCAAGCUGAGAGUGAAAAGCACAGUCUUCUGCUGGAAGACAGAAAUAAGGAGUUGAUCAGUGAAUGUAAUCACUUAAAAGAAAGGCAGUAUCAGUAUGAAAAUGAGAAAGCAGAAAGAGAGGUAACUGUGAGACAACUUCAACAAGAACUGGCUGAUACCCUAAAAAAACAAUCUAUGUCAGAGGCUUCACUAGAGGUUACGUCACGUUAUCGUAUUAAUUUAGAAGAUGAGAUGCAAGAUUUAAAGAAGAAAUUAGGUCAAGUCAGAAGUCAAUUGCAAGAAGAACAGGAUCAACGCACAGAAGCUGAACGAUGUGCUGAGAGGACACAAGAUCACAUGCAAAAGCUUGAGAAAGAAAAUUCUAAGUUAAAAGUUACGAUAAAAAAGCAAGUGGACAAAAUUGAGCAGCUUCAGAAAAAACUGUUAAAUGCAAGUUUGUAUGAGGAUGAAAAAGAACAAUUAAAGAAGCUUACUGAAUUAAAACAGUCUCUGGAAUAUAAUUUGGAUCAAGAAAUGAAGAAAAAUGAUGAAUUAGAGAAAGAGAUAACUGGAUUUAAGAACCUCUUAAAAAUGACAAAGAAGAAGUUAAAUGAAUAUGAAAAUGAAGAGUUUAGUUUCCAUGGAGACUUAAAAACCAGUCAAUUUGAAACAGAUAUUCAGAUUAAUAAGCUAAAACAUAAGAUUGAUGCUCUUACAGCAGAGCUGGAAACUGCCUCCUCAGAAUGUCUACGUCUGGAUACAAGGAAUCAAGUUCUUCAACAGGAGUUAUCAUCUAUGAGAGCAAUACAAAAAAAAUGUGAAAAAUUACAGAAGAAUAAAAAGAAGUUGGAACAAGAAUUAGUGAACCUUAAAAGUCAUAUGGAAAUGAAUAUGGUAGAACGUGGUCAAGUAGAACAGUAUAAACAGGAGAUUGAAGAAAGAGCAAGACAGGAUAUAGUAGAUAAAUUAAAAGAAGUCAAUCUGUUUUUACAGACACAAGCAGCAUCACAAGAAAACCUAGAGCACUUAAGAGAGAGUAAUAUUGCUUCAAUAAGAAGUCAGAUGGAGCUCAGAAUUAAAGAUCUGGAGUCUGAAGUCUCCAAAAUGAAAACUUCCCAAGAAGACAUUAAUAAAACUGAAUUGGAAAAAUAUAAGCAACUCUAUCUAGAAGAAUUAAAAGUUAGAAAAUUCUUGUCAAGUAAACUAAACAAAACUAAUGAGAAGCUAGUAGAGGUCAGUACCAAGCUUCUUGUGGAGAAACAGCAGACCAGAUCUUUAUUCACUACUCUUACUACCAGGCCAGUCCUAGAGGCACCUUGUGUUGGAAAUCUUAGUAAUAGUUUGGAUCUCAACAGAAAAUGUAUUCCAAGCGAAAACUUAAUGAUCCCUACCUCAAGCCCACGGACUUUAAAUAACAGCAUGGAGAACUACUUAACCAAGAUGCAGCAGGAGUUGGAAAAAAAUAUAACUAGAGAACUAGAAGAAGCUGCUGCUGAAUUGGAAUCUGCAUCCUAUACAGCUUCUCCUCUAGGAUCUACUGAUGAGUCAAAUAUAAAUCAAGAUCUAGUUUGGAAAGCAUCACGAGAAUACGUACAGAUUUUAAAGAAAAAUUAUAUGAUCUGAAAGAUAAUCUUUUAUUGCUAGCUGUUUACAUGAUAUUUUAGUUGUUUUCCAUUAAAUAUAUGACGUGAAAA